AAUUGGGUAUUGAAAAAAAAAAAGUUAGAAUAUUUCUGUUAAAUAAUUUUAAAAAUAAUUCCAAGACAGAUUUUACGUAAAAGAACAAUUUUCAAAUUUCUGAAAUAAAAUGGCUUUAUCAAAAGUUGAGCUUGCUGCGAUGUUGGAAUGCAAGAUUUGUUUAGACACCUAUCAUGAGCCUAAACAACUGAACUGCGGGCACACUUAUUGCCAAGAUUGUCUAGAUGGUAUUUUAGUGUUUAAGGAAGAUGGAAGUGCUGCACUGCCUUGUCCAGUCAGAUGUACUAAAAAGACAACAAUAACUCUGGAACAAACAACAUCCUCGUUAGUGAAGGUGUUCACAUUAACUGGCAUUUCGGACAAAGUGUCACCUGGUAAAAAUGUUAAAUCUUUAUGUCAGCAAAGUAAAGAAUGUAAGCAGAUAAUCAGCUAUUCCUGUGCAACAUGCAGUUUAAAGAUCUGUGAGAAAUGUCAAAACCUUCAUUCUUGUUCCAACAAAUCAUAUAUCAAUGUCAUUUUCAAUCAAAAAUUGCAAGAACUCCAACCAUUGUGUAAGCAACAUGGCUCACUUGCAAAAUUUGUCUGUAUUGAUUGUGAAAAUUUGUUAACAUGUGUAUAUUGCGCACACAGACAACAUAAGAAUCACAGAAUAAAAACGAUUGAUGAUUUUGGACUGGGAGCCAAAAAUUGGUUCCAAGCGUUUAUCAGCUCAUUCGAUGAAACAAAAGUGGUGCUGGAAAAGUUAACAAGAAAAUACAGUGACGCUCUAACAAAUUUGGAGAAAGAAAGGGAAGUAUUUGUUCAAAAAUUAAAAGAAAGAAAGUUAAAACGACUAGAAGAAUAUCUCAAAAUGUUAAAUAAAGAAAAAGAAGAUCUAUUGCGGAUAUUCGAUGAGAAAUCUGAAGAAUUUAAAGCAAAAUUGACUUGUGAUGGUUUUGUCGACAAUAAGAAAGUACAAGAAUUUGCAAAUUACGUUCAAGCUUUUAAUUUAAAAUCUCAUUUUGAGUUAGUUACAGAAAAGUUGGAAAUUGAACGACAACUUCGCAGGCUAUCCUCGUUUCCAAGAACUAUCCCAACAUUCAAUUCACACCUUCAUCAAUUGAACAAAGCGGAUAUUUCGUCAAAUCCGUUGGGCAAAAUAAAUAUUUCAAUAGAUCACGUCACCACUGUUGAUGUAGACCCCAAUGAAUGUUCUGUUUAUAGAAACUUCAUUGAUGAAGAUGAAACCCAACCAAACUAUUCACAAUUAACAACUGAUCUAAUGAACUUAGUUGAAAGUCUGAAAAAGUACGAGAAACCAAUUGUAAAUCCUCGUUCUGGAAAACAGCAACAGAAUAAUGCAAAGCCAAAAGGUUUCCAGCUUGUUAAGAAGAGUUACUCUUUUGAAGAUGUGUGCGAUAACAGUGGAGCAGAGGAGUUAUUGGACAAUUCUACGGGAUACUCGCCGCUACAGAAUGACGAUGACGUUGCUUAUCAAAAUACUUUUACAGAAGAUGAAUACGUUGCAGCAAAAAAUAAUCUUGAGACAAGUGCAGAAUUAAGGGACGCAGAAACCAAUCCAGAUAGUAAGAAACUGGUACCAACACCGAGACAAAUUCAAGAGGAGGUGAUUGAAUGCAGUACCACUUAUUCAACAAUACAAAGACCUGUGCCAGCACUGCGACGUGCUAAAACGAUAAAGGAAUCAACUCGAGAAAAAGAUUUUGAAAUGUUCGAUACACCAAGGCCAAGAGCAACAACGGACUCUAAUCUAACAAGACAAGAGGGUCCAGAACUAACUUUCUUAAUGCACGUUCAUGCAGAAAAAGAGGGAUUUGAAGCUGAAGCAAAUGCAUAUUCAUUGGACCCAACAGAAUGUUGUCAUUCAGAGGUUGCUUCCACUUGCAAUUUUGAGUCAACAUUUUCAAGCUUGUGUACUAAUUACAGUACAUUAUCGUCAAUGAAACCGUUUUUAAAAUCGGGUAUGCUUCGGGAUUUGGGCAGUCGCGAUCGUCAACAUCUCUGUAAACAUCUGGAUUCUAGGAGAGAAUAUGAAAAGCUAGCACACUAUCUACAGGAACCAUUGAAGCUCACACAAAUUGAAAUAGAUAACCUGUUCUUAGCAGGAGAAAAUCCUGCUUCAGCUUUUUUUAAGGCUUUCAUGAUAAAGAAAACAGAUUUCAAAGUCAGGAAAUUUCAACAGUAUAUGAAAGAGAUGGGCAGAAAAGAUGUGCUUGAUUAUAUGAAGAAAAAAGAAUGGCCUGAAUUGUUUCUUGAAAUACCAUUUGAUCCGCGGGAAGAGCUUGUCUCGUAUCUGAACAAGUCUCCGGGUAAUUGGAAGAUAUUUGCUACAAAGUGCGGAUACUCCUCUGAUGACAUUGCACUUAUUCACGGCAACCACAUGGAAAAGAAAAGUGCUACGGAGUUUUUGCUGACUAUCAUAAAUCAACGAUGCCCAGAUUUCACAAUUGACAAUUUACGAGAAGCAUUUGCUAAAAUGAAGCGACAUGACCUGAUUCAUUUUUUGGAUAAAAAAACAUCUAUGGUGGCUUAACAUGGAAUAAAAUGAAACGACACAGAAAAAACAUAGAUAUUUUCAGAAAGAAUCAAUAUUAAGCUGUUACCAACAGCUUAAUAUUGAUCAAAAGUCGAUUAGUUGCUUUCAAUUAGUAGCACAUUGUAUACAUAAAUACGUUGAUUUAAGCGAGUUCAAAAAGUUCUUAUUAUUUUUUUUUUCUUGAAGCAAACUAGAUUCUUAGAAAAAGCCAUUAUCUACAAAUGUUAUUUUCACGAACAAAAUUAGCUAAGAAUGUUUUGUAACCUUAUAUCCAGGUCCAUUUAAUAGAUAUUUACUUGCACUGAGAAGUUGGCUGCUUAUCACUUAAUUUUAAAGAAGUGACGAUUUUUGCCUUUUUUUAAAAAAAUGGCGGCAUUUUAGACGAAGUCAACUGAAUUUGUGCCCAAAAUAUAUUUUUAUAAAAGUGUCUUGAAAAAAUAACAUAUGUUUUUAUAAAUGGACUAAAAUGUUAUAACAGUUUAUUAUCUACAAAUAUCAUUUGCUUGCUCCGCCUAAUUCAAAAUUACAUAAAAUUAAUCACUUGAAUUGUGUAACAUUUUUGAAAAAACUUUGUUACAAAUUGCCAUGUUUGCUUUUCUUUGUUGUACGAGUUUUUAAAAAGUUUUAAAACAACCACACUUUAACAUCUAUUUGAUUUAUUUACUUUAAAAUUUUACAUUUGUUGCACCAAAUAACUAAUUGCUAUAUUUACAUCAUGUUGGAAACUGUUUAUUGUUAUAAGCAGGAAAAUAACAGGACUUUUAAUGUGAUACACUGGUCUAUUUGUAGAACGCAAUUAAUCAACUCGCGCAUCACCAGCUUUAUAAUCCAAUCCAUUCUUUUGAUAUUCACCCAAUGUACCACACCAAUUGUAAUUAUUUUUUUAUCCACUAUUUUUGUACACCUAUAUAGCACAUUUAUUUUUCUAUUUGUAUAUUUUGCUAAAUCACUUUUAAGAAGUUAUUUUCUCGAGUAUAAUAUAAAGUAAGAUGUAAACUAGAACACAAAAACUCCACCCA